AUGGUCAAUGUAUCAAAAUUAUUAGCUGAAGUUAUUCAUUAUUAUUUAAAUGAAUAUUUGAUCAAUCAAAAUAAUGACACGAGUAAUUUGAACGAUGAAACCACCCGUAAACAAAUUGAAACUAUUGAAGAAUAUUUCAAAGAAGCUAUUGAAAAACAAAAUUGCUUAACAUAUUUUAUCAAAGCUUAUACAUUAACAAAUUUCUUUUAUAAAGUAUUAAAUAAAGAUUUAGCUUUGUAUAUAUUAGAAUAUUUCGAUAAAACAAAAAAUUUUUCAUCAAAUUAUCGUCUUGUCAAUUGUCUUGUUCAUAUUGUUACACUUUUAAUUUAUCAUCCAAAGUUAUCUCAAUAUCAAUAUCAAGGUAUAUGUUAUCGUGGUAUGAGAAUAACACAAAAUGAUUUAAAUCAAUAUCAAUUAAAUCGACAUAUAUUGAAUCGUGCAUUUUUAUCAACAUCUGUUGAUCGUCGAGUAGCAGAAAUGUUUGCUGGUGAAGGUCAACAAUCUCAAAUGAGAUAUACUCCCAAAAGUCAUUAUCUAUUACAAUAUUCAUGUUUAUGUCAAUAUUCAAUCAAACAAAAUUCAACAGCUAUCAAUAUACAAAAUUUAUCAACAAAACCAGAUGAAAAAGAAGUUUUAAUUAUUCCAUUUACCGUUUUUAAAGUAGUAGCAAUUAAACGAAAUUAUCUUGAUGAUCCAACAGCAUCAAUUUCAAUUGAAAUUGAAUUAGAAGAAUGUGAAGAUCCUGAUGAUGGUAAAAAUGAAUCAGAAAUGUCAGGAGAUAAAACAUCAAGAGGAUCAUCAUUGUCAUCAUGUGAUAGCGAUAUCAAAGAUGCCGAAGCAUAUAUGAAAUUCAAACAGCGAAGAUAUCUUUUUUAUGGCAUCAUUGGACUUUUGAUAUUGGCUGUUCUUUUGGGUUUAACUUUUACAUUCGUUUUUACUUUUGCUGUUGGAAAAAAUUCCACGAAAAAUGCAGCGACUGCAUCAGAAAUGGAUGAGACUUUCGAAUAUCAAUUACCAUCAGUUAUGAAUCAACAAGAUUGUAUUAAAAAAAUAAAAGAUCUUCAAGAUUAUCAAAUGGAUGAACGAGGUUGGGUCGAUAUUGGUUAUAAUUUUCUCAUAUGUAAUGAUAAUGAUGAUCAACAACAAAUUUAUAGAGGUCGAGGGUGGAGAUAUGUUGGUGCACAUUGUAUUGGUUAUAAUUUCAUGUCUUUGGGUGAGAAUGAAUUCUGCUUUUAA